AUGACUAAUUCCUCUUCUUUGGCUUCUUCUUUGAGUAAUGAUUUUACUUUUGCAAACAUCUAUCAACCUUCUUCACCUUUCAUUCAAUCAAGUUAUCAUCACUUUUCUACUUAUCCUCCUUCUGCUUCUUAUGGCUACAAUCAUAAUAAUGUCAACAAGGUUUAUACAACCGAAAAAUAUCCGUCCUCUUUCUUACCACCUGAAACUGGCUCUUCUGCUUCAUCUUCAAUACUCUCAACUUCGCCAUCGUCGAUUUCUUCUUCCUCAUCCAAUAGCGCUGAAACUCAAUUUUCACCUUCUAUUAAAUCCGGCAACGUAUUGAAGACUAAAGGAUCUAGAGCUUCACUUCGUAGCAAUCGCACAAGUUAA